GCCAGUGAGCGCACAAGCAGCCAGCUGCAUCAAGCAAAAUGGCGCUCGCCUGUCUGUAGCUGUUUCCUAGCCACCACAGGGUCUGUCUCCGGGGAAUGGGAUGGAUAUGUGACUGUCUGACUGUCUCCUAAGGGUGGAUAUGUGAAGUUUUUUUCUUCUUCUUUUCACCAGAGGAAAGAGAUGUUUUGUUAGGAGAUGUUUUGAGUGAGAUCUGUAGACCAUACCUACCUUCAUGUGGAUGUUGCUUUCACUUGCAGUGCCAGGGAUUGUGUAAUUUUCUACUGCUUCCACUGACUGCAAAAUCCAACGCUAAGGAGAUUUUCUUUAGAGUGUUUCAGCCAUUUUUUCUUGUUUUCCAAGAAGAGGACAGGAGGUGACAUUUGCUGACUUCUGGACUAUUACAUUUUUAUGGGGAAAGGAAUGCCUCCAAAGACUAAUAUUUGUUAAUUCAACAUUUCUGUUAUUCAGUCUAAAGUAUUUUAAUCAGUUUUAUUUCUUUCUGAGAAUGGCCUGGGAACACAACACAUCUACAGCUUUUAUUGGAUUCCUGUUGGUCUGUGUCCUCUCGGUGAAUGCAGGUGGCACUGAAGCACCCAAACUUGAAUGUGACGACCUAAACAACACCACCUGGCUGGAUUACAGGCAGGGGAAUUUGCAGGUGCAGUACCUGCUGCUCACGCGCAACAACACCGACUGCGCCAGCCUGUUUACGCUCGACUCGCUGAAUGAAACGCACUCCACCACAAGCUUCAACACCUCCCUCCCCACCAAAGUCAUCAUUCAUGGGUUCAGGGCCCUGGGCAGUAAGCCAUCCUGGGUGAGUUCCCUGGCGCAGGCCUUGCUCAGGGUUGAGGAUGCGAAUGUUCUGGUGGUGGACUGGAUUGACAGCGCGUCCUUUGCCUACAACCGGGUCGUGGAGAGCUACAAGGAUGUUGCCAUCGAGAUCUCAGUUCUGAUCAACCAUCUCAAAAACCACGGGAGCACGCUGGAGUCCUUCCACUUCAUCGGCGUGAGUCUUGGAGCCCACGUGGCAGGAUUUGUAGGAACGCUGUUUGAUGGAAAACUGGGGAGAAUUACAGGUCUGGACCCAGCUGGGCCUCUGUUUAAAGGGAAGGAUGUGUACGACCGACUAGACCCCUCAGAUGCCCUGUUUGUUGAAGCCAUCCACACAGACUCGGACUAUUUCGGAAUCUCCAUCCCAGUUGGGCAUGUUGACUUCUUCCUAAAUGGGGGUAUGGACCAGACAGGAUGUGCUCGCUCAAGGUUCAAAUCAAUUCUUAUUUAUUUCCCAGUGUAUGGCUAUGUGAUCUGUGACCACAUGAGGGCGCUACAUGUCUACAUCAGCGCACUGAAUGGCUCAUGCGCCCUCGUGGGCUUCCCCUGCUCCACUUAUGACAACUUCCUACUAGGAAACUGCUUUGAUUGCCAGAGCACUUUUGGCGGGACCUGUCCACGAAUUGGCUUGCAGGAGAACAGUGGACUGACCGUACACCCUCUCCCCAAUCAGCAGAAGGUCUAUCUCCUGACCACCUCUUCUCCUCCAUUCUGUGCGCAUCACAUCCUGGUGGAGGUGGAGGUGUCUCCGCUGAGCAAAAGUGCCGAGCUGCAGGUGGCCCUGAGGACCGUCGGAGGACCUGAGACGAUAAACUCCUUCAAGCUCCACACUAAGGAGAAUGCGUACAGGCGUUUGUUUGGCCACCCGGAGGUCCUGUGCCGAGUGGACUCCAUCAUGCUGAAGAGCACGGGCGCACGCUUCAUCAGACAGGGGGACAUGCACGUGGUGUCUGUGUGCAUCUCCGAGUUCCCCUUCAAAAGGGACAGAAAACCACUGUGUGUAACGAACAUCAACUUGGACAGAUUUGUGUCAUGGACGCAUGAGUUUGUACAAGUGUGUGAGAGUUAGUGAGCCACAAAGACACCUCACACAGUAGUGUUAGAAACACCCAAUGACAGACUCACAUAGACACACACAUUAUUCAUAAGAAUAUAUACACGCACAGAGUAGUGGUAUAAACACUAAAAUGCACACUCACUCAGGAACACACACACACACACUCAAACACACUCACACAUACAAACACUUGCUGGAGCGUUUGCAACUCACAAACUCGGGUAUUAUUCACUGAUCAUUGCCUUAACACUGGGAAUUUAAAAAAAAGUCUUUGUCUGCAAAUAGCACCCGGCAUUGCUUUGAACUUCGCCAAUUUACAAGGAAAAGCUGGGUCAUACGCUACAUGCACUCAUUAUGCAAUCCUCAAAGCAGAGCUACAAAGAGGAAAACACACUCACCCACAUACACAGAGGCACACACACACACACACACACACACACACACACACACACACAUAAACAGAGAGACAGAGAGACAGACUCUCUCUGUGACAGGGUGUUCCGAGUUUUGCCCACAAGAUUUCAUUUCUCCUCACAGACAAGGAGCUGCCAUUGAUGUCAUUCAUUUUUACAACAAAUUAGGGUAGCAUGCCACUAAUGCUAACUCAACCAAAUCCUCUUCUUCUGCUUCAGCAUACAGUAUAUUUCAAUGUGCAUUUUUUUUUAGAGAUUCCAUCAUGCUUUGUUAUUAUGUAUUCAUCAUCGUUGGAAGUGGACAAUGAAGAGCAUGACAAAACAGUUUGGUCAUUUCUGUAAAUGUUUUAAUAUUUGAAUGCAGAAGGCUUGAUGUUGGAGGCUCAGAAUUUGUAUCUUUAAAAAGAGCUUCAUUGAGACAUCGGUUUGGCCCCAAGGGGAAAAAAUACAUUUUUACAUCGUCUCCAUAAUAGACAGAACUGUCAUUUUGGAAGAAGAAAAACAAAAAAAACACACUUUUCCACAUUUAGUCAUAAACUCUGCAUUUUACGUGCUACGUUAUGAUGUCUGUUGUUCAGACUAUUUGAACAUCCUGAAUUGCCAACAGGCAUUAACUGUCACAUUCGGAAUUGUGGAAGUCCAGACCGUAGCAAAAACAUGUGUUUACUUAGUGGUUCACAGUCCUUUAAUUCUAUCAUUUGUUUAGACACAACUUACAUCAAGCAAACCCUUCCCAUUCCCUAUGUCAUUCAAGCAUAAAACGUGUGAACUUUGUAAUGUGGAAUCAUCAUAUGCAUAUUAACACAACAUCUAAAGACAAAAGAGAAAACUCAACAAACAAAAUGUCUAAGUGACAUGAGAAAGACAGAGUGAAAGUAUGUGUCUGUGUCUUUUAAUUGUCAUCAUCAGAAUAAAUCCUGUACCGUG